AUGCAUUCACGUGGGAAGGCUAUACAAAAUUUCUUCAAUGAUGAUUCUGAUGAUGAUGACCUUCAUCAACAGAGGGUUGCAAUGGCUGUUCAACACCAUAGGUUUUUGCUGGAGCAAUAUUCUCAACAAUCCGAACAUGAUGGUUCUGUUGCAGGCUGUGAAUACAAGAAUCGGAAGAGAGAAAAACAUAAGAGUCUCAUGGAGGACUACUUCUGUGAAAGACCACUUUAUCCCCCAGUGGACUUUCACAGACGACACUUGAGGAUGACAAAGUCUAUCCCUAGGGGAGAAACUAACAACCAUUUUCGAAUGCUUGCAUAUGGAUGCUCGGCAGACUCCACCGACGAGUAUUGUAGAUUGGGUGAAUCUACAGCCCUUGAAUGUUCGCGAAAGUUUUGUUCUGUUAUUGAAGCCGUGUAUGGUCAGUGGUACCUCCGUUCCCCAAAUUCUGCCCACCUUUACAGGCUCUUACACAAGGCUAGUUGCAAAGGAUUCCCAAGCAUGUUAGGCAGUCUUGACUGCAAGCAUUGGGAAUGGAAGAACUGCCCCACUGCUUGGGCAUGCCAGUUUACCGGCUACAAGCAUAAGCCAACUAUCAUUCUAGAGGCAGUGGCCUCAUAUGACACUUGGAUAUGGCAUGCCUUUUUUGGAGUUGUCGGAUCGAACAACGAUAUCAACGUCCUAGCUAGUUCCCUGUUGUUCAAUGAUGUAGUCAAUGGAGUGUGUCCCCAUAUCCAAUAUGUUGUCAAUGGAAAUGAAUAUAAUCUUGGUUAUUACUUGGCUGAUGAUAUCUACCCUCGUUGGGCUACAUUGGUUAAGAAGAUUUCCCAACCGGAUACUCCAAAAAAAAACUAUUUGCCCAAAAACAAGAGGCUUAUAGGAAGGAUGCCAAAAGAGCCUUCGGAAUACUUCAAGCUCAAUGGGCAAUUGUUCGGGGACCUGCACAUAUAUGCAGAAUCUGAUGAUGAAGACAAUUGUCCACGAAUACCUAGAAGAGCAAGAACAAGACUUGCUUAUGAGCUUGAGCCAACUAUCACAUACGAUAUAAACCGAGACAGACAAACUAUCUUAGACUACAUGGUCCGUCAUAAUAGAGUUCGUGCUUCGCAAGUGCAUCACAAUCUAAGAAAUGAUUUGAUCAACCACAUUUGGAGAUGCGAAGGAGAGGGGCAAUGA